AUGAUCCUGCUAUUUUCAAGUCCUGUAUUUUUUACUGUGACAACUUUUGCAACACCAGACUCCAUAAACACUAAUCAAACAAUCAAAGAUGGUAACCCAAUUGUUUCGGAUGGAGAAAUGUUUGAACUGGGCUUUUUUAGCCCCGGAAACUCCAAGAAUCGGUACUUGGGGAUUUGGUACAAGAAAAUAUCGACGGGUACUGUUGUAUGGGUUGCUAACAGAGAGACACCGAUUAAGGAUUAUUCGGGCAUGUUGAAACUUACCAAACAUGGGAACCUAAUCAUUCUUAGUGGUGGCAGUACUAUGAUCUGGUCAUCCAAUUCUUCGGUGUCUAUGAGGAGUGAUCGUUCUACGUUGGUUUUGCAACUUCUAGAUAAUGGAAAUCUUGUUGUGUGGGAUAAAAGUAGAACAAAAGACAGUAUAGUCUGGCAAAGUUUUGAUUAUCCGGGUCAUACAGUUUUACCGGGGAUGAAAAUUGGAAAGGAUUUGGUAACGGGAAGAGAGAGGUAUAUGACAACAUGGAAGAGUAUAGACGAUCCUGCUCCGGGUUUGUAUAGACAUUGGGUAGACACGAAUGGAUAUCCACAACUUUUUAUAACAAGAGGCCCAGUUUUAGUAGCGAGAUUUGGACCAUGGAAUGGACUGAAGUUUCAAGGCGUGCCUUUUGGAAACCAGAAUCCAAUUUACUCGCUUGAAUUUGUUGUUAACGAAAAAGAGGUAUAUUAUAAAUAUGAAAUUAAGAACUCGAUUUUUCAGAGGAUACUUGUGAUGCCAGACGUCAACACUCUGCAUUUGCGUUGGAACGAUCAGGUUCAAGACUGGGAUGUGUUUGGAAAUCAAAUAAUAGAUACUUGUAGUGGUUAUGGAUUUUGUGGUCCUUAUGGAAGCUGCAGCAUCAACACGUAUCCCCCUUGUAAGUGCAUGGAAGGAUUUAGGCCACAUAUCGAAAAUGAAUGGAACUCAGGAAAUUGGUCGAGUGGGUGUCAACGUAAAAAGGCUUUACAGUGUGGAAUUGGGGAUGGCUUCAGGAAACUUUCAGGGGUGAAAUUUCCAGACACACGGCGUUCAUGGUAUAACCGGAGCAUGACCCUUGCAGAAUGUGAGGUGGCGUGCAGAAGAAAUUGCUCUUGUACUGCUUAUGCAAAUUUAGAUAUCAGAAAUGGUGGAAGUGGAUGUUUGCUAUGGUUUGAUGAUCUUAUUGACAUCAGAGAGUAUGAUGAAAAGCAAGACUUGUACAUAAGAAUGGCUGCCUCUGAAUUAGCAGGGGAAGGCAAUGAAGUCCCCCCUUUUAGCUUCAAGAACAAAAGAGUACUUGCAGUGGUGCUACCAACUUCUUCAGCAGUUCUAAUUCUGUGUAUAGUGGCAUAUUCUUGUAUAAAGAAGAAGGAGAAGGAAAGGUCUUACAUGAAAGGAAGAGGAAACUGGAACUCCCAUCAUAAAAAGAAUAGUGACGUUCAUAUGGAAGAUCUUGACGAUCUUCCCUUUUAUAGUUUGUAUAAGCUAGCUAAGGCUACUGAUAACUUUAGUAUUGACAAUAAGAUCGGUGAAGGUGGAUUUGGUCCCGUUUACAAGGGUGUGCUGGAAGACGGACAAGAAGUAGCAGUGAAGAGGCACUCAGAAACAUCCCAACAAGGGCUUGAUGAAUUCAAAAAUGAACUUAAAUUUAUUGCCAAAUUUCAGCAUCGAAAUCUUGUGAAGCUGCUUGGAUACUGUAUUCAUGAGAGUGAAAUGAUCUUGAUUUAUGAAUACAUGACUAACAAAAGCUUGGACUCAUUUCUAUUUGAUGAAACCAGAAGUUCAAUGCUUGAUUGGCCUCAGCGUUUUCGCAUCAUCCAUGGGAUGGCUCGUGGUAUCCUCUACCUACAUCAAGAUUCCAGACUUCAAAUCAUCCACAGAGAUCUCAAGGCAAGUAAUAUCCUGUUGGAUGCUGAAAUGAACCCAAAAAUAUCUGACUUUGGUCUUGCUAGAAAGUUUGUAGGGUCCGACACCGCCGCUAUGACAAAGAAAGUGGUAGGAACAUAUGGUUACAUUUCUCCAGAGUAUGCAGUACAUGGACGAUUUUCUGUAAAGUCUGAUGUAUUUAGCUUUGGUGUUCUAGUGUUGGAAAUAGUGAGUGGUAAGAAAAACAGAGGAUUCUUUCAUGAAGAUCACAGUGACAACCUUCUUGGACAUGCAUGGAGACUCUUCCAAGAAGGCAGGCCCGUUGAGCUAAUGAGUGCAUCUUUACACGACUCGUGCAUUGUCUCAGAGGUGUUUCGGUCAAUACAUGUAGCGCUGUUAUGUGUGCAGAAUUAUGCAAAAGAUAGGCCAACUAUGUUGUCAGUGGUUUUGAUGCUAGUGAGCGAUGGUGUGUUGCCUCAACCUAAACCCCCUGCUUUUUAUACUGGAGAGAGCAGAAGCCAGGUUGAGAAGACCGUUUCAUCAGCUAAUGAAAACAUGAUAACGCUAGUUUAUGCUCGUUAGGAAACAAAGCAAAAGAUAGGCAAAGGUUAACACCAAGAGUUCUCAUGCUUCUUCUUAGAAGGUGUGGCCUCAACCUAUAGUGCAUAUUAUGCUUUUGCGCCAGGAUAGCCGUGUAAAACGCGUAUGCCGCUGUUUAAUGGUUGAAAGUAUACGAUACACUUUCAUACAUUAAUUUCUUUCUGUUACAAAAAACAGAGAAUAGAAUCCUAAUACCGCUUUAGGUAUGAUUAUAUGAUCAUGUUAGUAUCAAUUAAUA